UACUCUUCCUGGCUGCGGUGCAACCUGUCAUCUUUGUUUUAAUGAUAAUUAUUGCUGUGUUUAUAUAGCGUUUCGGAGCUAGUGAAGUUAUUAUUUACUUCGGUUUAUUUAAUUCCGCUGGUGCCUGAAAACUCUGACAAAUGGCCGAGUAUUUGGCUUCGAUUUUUGGAACAGAGAAAGACAAAGUAAACUGCUCGUUUUAUUUUAAAAUCGGAGCUUGUAGACAUGGAGAUCGAUGCUCUAGAAUCCACAAUAAGCCUACCUUCUCUCAAACUUGCUUGCUGCAGAACCUCUAUGUGAAUCCUCAAAAUUCUGCCAAAUCUGCCGAUGGAAGUCAUUUGGUAGCCAAUGUUUCUGACGAAGAGAUGCAAGAGCAUUAUGACAACUUCUUUGAAGAUGUGUUUGUUGAGUGUGAGGACAAGUAUGGAGAAAUCGAGGAAAUGAAUGUUUGUGAUAAUUUAGGUGAUCAUUUAGUUGGAAAUGUCUACAUAAAGUUUAAAAGAGAAGAAGAUGCUGAACGAGCCGCUGCUGAUUUAAACAACCGAUGGUUUGGUGGAAGACCUGUUUACUCUGAAUUGUCACCUGUAACUGAUUUCCGAGAAGCUUGUUGCCGUCAAUAUGAGAUGGGCGAAUGUACUCGAUCUGGUUUCUGCAACUUCAUGCACUUAAAACCAAUUUCAAGGGAAUUGAGACGCUACUUGUAUUCACGGCGCAAGAGCUCAUCUCGUAGAUCACGCUCCCGUUCACGAGAUCGUGGAAGUAGACGUCGUUCUCGAUCGCGUGAUAGGCGCGACUCCAGGUCCCGCGACCGAGACCGUAAUUCACGUAAAGAUUCUCAAGGUGGUGAUCCAAGGAGUGGACGAUCUGGAAGAUAUUAACGAUUGGUGAAGUUAAUUGAUAACUUUUUUCUAUGAAGAGAUCGAAGUUGAUUUUACUUACAUUGCCACCAAUUUCUUUUUAAUAUUUACUGCAUAUAACUUUAGUAAUCAAAUUAAUUUUAAGAUUUAAUUUCUAUUGUUUAAUUUUUGUCUUUUAUAUGUUUAAAGUAAAAAAGCCA